AUGACUGAGCCAUCAAUUAUCCCCUUGGAAAUGGACGAUGGCCGGGAUCCUGCAGUACGAGAAUACAUCGACAACACCCUCGCAGCCCUCCUGGACGGACUUACAAGCCACCCACCAGAACCACUAUCCAUCACCCUCAAACGCAGAGUCAGGCAAACACCUCACAUCAUCAAUCCUAUCAGUAGAGCCCUGGAGGCGAUUCCGAGAUCCGAAACGCACAAAACAUACUGUUGGCCAGGGAAGACGGCACACGAGGCCUGGAAAUUUGCCGCCAUCCUUCAGAUACUAGCAAUAUUGGACCAGGCCAUUCGAAUGGGGCAGCUGAUCUCGAAAAGAGAUAUAUACUAUAUCGAUCCGGAGUUCUUUCGUGCACAAAAUAUCGUGGAUCGUAUUGUCGAUGAUCUGGCGUACACCAUCGGGGUGAACAGAACGGCAUUGAAUGUAGAAGCAGCAGCAAAAGGGUUAGUCAUGGGAGACUUUCGUUUGAUCCGCGGGCCAGAUAUUUUGAUCGACAUGCAGGGUGCCAUCGAGGACACUUUGAUUCCUCGUGUAGAAAACGGGGAUGAGAUUGAUAUUGCACGGGCCCGUUGGGUACUGGUCAUUGAGAAAGAGGCAGUCUUCCACCGGCUCGCGCGCAUCAGUUUCCACACCAGAGCACUAGCUGGAGAAGGGAUAUUGGUCACGGGCAAAGGAUACCCUGAUUUCAUGACACGGAGAUUCCUGCGCGCAAUUUCCGACUCGGUAUCCAGCCAAAGCAGAACCCUGCCGCGUUUCUACGCCCUAACAGAUGGCGAUCCACACGGCAUGGCGAUCAUGUCAACGUAUAAGUAUGGCUCGGCGGCGCACUUGCACCAAAAUGCUCAGCUUAGUAUCCCACGGCUGCAGUGGCUGGGUCUUCGGGUUUCAGAUGUCAUUGCUGUUCCGGAGGUACUUGGUGACAAAGCUCUUCUGACGUUGACGAUACGAGACCGCAGGAAGAUCGUUACUAUGCUUCAGAAUAGUCCUGUGUGGGCAAGUGAUGGACCGGAGCCCGAAUGGCGUGCUGAAUUGCAGCGAAUGCUAGUAUUGAACCUGAAGGCGGAGAUUGAGAUAUUGUACGAGUGUCAUGGGGGUCUGGAGGGGUGGAUUAAUCGGAAGAUGUUUCGGCAGGAGUAA